CGGUUGUAUUUCUGUGCUUGAACUACCUGCCCCGCUAAUCAUUUUGUUUCUAGCCUUAUACGAUCUCCAACCCGGGGAAGACAGACACAAUUCUGACAGGGCUGAGACAGGUUGUGUCGAGUCAUGGCAUUCAGUAAAGGUUAUCGUAUUUAUCAUAAGCUGGAUCCGCCUCCAUACAGUGUGAUUGUGGAGACCAGAAAUCGAGAAGAAUGCCUGAUGUUCGAGUCUGGAGCUGUUGCUGUACUGUCGGCGGCAGAGAAGGAGACCAUCAAGACGGCGUACACCAAGAUGCUGGAUGCUUAUGGGAUCCUGGGAGUUCUUCGUCUUAACCUUGGGGAUUCUAUGCUGCACAGCCUGGUGGUCGUAACAGGCUGCAGUUCAGUGGGAAAAGUCCAGGAUUCAGAAGUUUUUCGCGUAACAGGCACGGACUUCGUCUCUCUGAAAAACGACCCCUCGGAUGAGGACCGCAUCUCUGAUGUCAGGAAAGUCUUAAACUCUGGUAACUUCUAUUUCGCCUGGUCCUCCACCGGAGUGAGUCUGGACCUCAGCUUGAACGCGCACCGCAGAAUCAGAGAAGACACAUCUGAUAAUCGUUUUUUCUGGAAUCAGUCCCUCCAUCUCCAUCUCAAGCAUUAUGGGGUGAACUGUGAUGACUGGCUGCUGAGGUUGAUGUGUGGCGGAGUGGAGAUCCGCACCAUCUACGCUGGGCACAAGCAGGCCAAAGCUUGCGUGAUCUCUCGGCUCAGCUCAGAGAGAGCAGGCACGCGUUUUAAUGUCCGAGGCACAAAUGACGACGGCCAGGUGGCCAACUUUGUGGAGACUGAGCAGGUUAUUUUCCUUGAUGACAAAGUAUCCUCCUUCAUUCAGAUCCGAGGGUCAAUACCUCUGUUCUGGGAGCAGCCAGGAAUUCAGGUGGGAUCUCAUCGUGUUAAGCUGUCCCGUGGUUUUGAAGCAAACGCACCGGCUUUUGAGAGACACUUUAGUGCCCUGAGGAGGCUGUAUGGCAAACAGGUGAUCAUCAACCUGCUGGGUAUGAAGGAGGGUGAACACAUGCUCAGCAAAGCAUUCCAGAGUCACCUGAAAGCUUCAGAGCAUGCAAGCGCUGUGAGAAUGUUAAACUUUGACUAUCAUCAGAUGGUUAAAGGUGGGAAGACCGAAAAGCUCAACAGUGUCCUGAAACCUCAGAUCAGCAAGUUUCUGGAGGAAUGUGGUUUCUUCUACUACUCAGGAGAGGCCGGCAUUCAGAGAUGUCAAAGUGGGACCAUUCGUUCCAAUUGUCUCGACUGCUUGGAUCGAACAAACAGCGUCCAGGCCUUCGUUGCGCUUGAGAUGCUUCCAAAACAAUUGGAAGACAUGGGUCUGACCGAGAAACCUCAGCUGGUGGCGCGUUUUCAGGAGGUUUUCCGCACCAUGUGGUCCACCAAUGGAGACUCGAUCAGCAAGAUCUACGCAGGCACUGGUGCUCUGGAUGGCAAGGCUAAGGGUGGAAAGCUAAAAGACGGAGCUCGCUCGGUCACCAGAACCAUUCAGAACAACUUCUUUGACAGCUCGAAACAGGAAGCCAUUGAUAUCCUGAGACUGGGCAGCACCCUGAACAGUGACCUGGCAGAUAAGGCACGAGCCCUUCUCACAACCAGCAGCCUGUAUGUCUCUGAGCCCAUUUUACAGUCAGCCUCUCCCAGAGUGCUUCUGGGCAUGUGUCAGAACCACUUCAAGUACACACGUCCCAAAAAGAUCAGAGUGUGUGUUGGUACGUGGAACGUGAACGGGGGCAAGCAGUUCCGCAGUAUUGCGUUUCGUAACCACACGCUCAAUGACUGGCUCAUGGAUGCCCCUAAGAAGGCCGGCCACCCAGAAUUCCAAGAUGGAAAAUCCAACCCAGUGGACAUCUUUGCUAUUGGCUUUGAGGAAAUGGUGGAGCUGAAUGCUGGAAAUAUCGUAAGCGCAAGCACCACUAAUCAGAAGCUGUGGGCUGCAGAACUGCAGAAGAACAUCUCACGAGAUCACAAGUAUGUGCUGCUGGCCUCAGAGCAGCUGGUGGGUGUCUGUCUGUUCGUCUUCAUACGCCCUCAGCAUGCACCAUUCAUCAGGGACGUUGCUGUGGACACAGUAAAGACUGGAAUGGGCGGAGCCACUGGUAAUAAAGGGGGUGUGGCUAUACGCCUGCUCUUCCACACCACAAGCAUCUGCUUUGUGUGCUCACACUUUGCCGCCGGCCAAUCACAGGUCAAAGAGAGGAACGACGACUACAAUGAAAUUGCACGCAAACUGUCCUUCCCCAUGGGCCGGCUCCUGUACUCCCAUGAUUAUGUAUUCUGGUGUGGCGACUUCAACUACCGAAUAAGUAUUCCUAAUGAAGAGACAAAGGAGCUGAUCAGACAGCAAAAUUGGGAUGCACUGAUUGCUGGAGAUCAACUGGUAGAGCAGAAGAAUGCUGGACAGGUUUUUAGAGGCUUUAUUGAAGGGAAGCUGGAUUUUGCCCCCACUUACAAAUAUGACCUGUUUUCGGAGGACUACGACACCAGUGAGAAGUGCCGCACACCAGCCUGGACUGACCGUGUGCUGUGGAAGAGAAGGAAGUGGAACUUUGAUAAAACUGCGGAAGAGUUGGAGUUGAAUGUAGUAGGAGCCCCAGUGAAUGAGGAAGAUCAGUACCCAUGGAGCCCUGGAGAGCUCAAAUAUUAUGGUAGAGCAGAGCUCAAAACCUCUGAUCACAGGCCUGUGGUGGCCAUCAUAGAUGUGGACAUACUUGAGGUGGAUCCAGAGGCCAGACAUCAGGUGUAUAAGGAAGUGAUCGCCCUGCAGGGUCCACCAGAUGGCACCAUCCUCGUCUCUCUCUGCACGUCUGGUCCUGAUGACUACUUUGAUGAUGCACUGAUUGAUGACCUGUUGGACAAGUUUGCUCAUUUUGGCGAGGUUAUUCUUAUCAGGUUUGUUGAAGAGAAAAUGUGGGUGACAUUUUUGGAGGGAUACUCUGCUUUAGCAGCUCUAUCUUUGAGCGCCUCUACUGUGAAUGGUAAGACCAUAGACAUCCGUCUGAGGAGUCCAGGUUGGAUAAAGAGUCUAGAGGAGGAAAUGAGUGUGGAGAGAAUCUGCGGCAGCAUCCCAACAUCCACCAGCUCCACCCUGCUGGCAGAAAACUCUGACAUGGGAGAAGAGUAUGACAUGGAAGGUGAUGUGGAUGAGGAGAUUGAGGAGAUUUUACCCCAGCACCUGCAGCCUGGAGCAGGCAUGGAUCUAGGCGCGUCCCCUGCCACAUCCCCACGCACCAGCCCCUGCCCCUCUCCUACCCACGGAGAACCUGCACCCCCCAUCCGGCCAAGCAGAGCCCCUCCACGCACAGCUGGACCACCACAGGGAAGAUUAAGCCCAGCAUCCAUUAGAAGGGAACAGGCAGGUUCUCCUGUUGAUGGUCAGCCAGCUGGAGCUCUCUCUUCACAGGGACUAGAGCCAAAACGUCCCCCUCCUCCACGCCCCAACGCCCCACCAGCCCGACCUGCACCUCCGCAGCGCCCACCACCACCCUCAGGAAGCAGAAGUCCCACACCUGUUAGGAAAGAUUCAGCAGGCUUUGCUGAGCCUCUCAAUCUAGAGUUUGAUGUGACUGAUUAUGAAGGACAAAAAAGCCCAGCGUUAGCACGUGCAGAUGCAGCUGGUCGAGGUCAAGCCACCGGAUCAGCCCCUGGAGGCACCCCACGGCCGAUCCCACCUCGAGCAGGAGUCAUCAGCAUCCCUCCUCAGGCUAGACCUCCUCCUCCUCCUGCUCAUCCUGGGGCCCCCAGACCAAUAGCAGAGGUGCAUCCUGGGGCCCCACGACCCUCACCUGAUAAUCACCCUGGAGCUCCAAGACCCGUUCCUGAACCCCAAAGCAAACCGUCUGAACUCCCUCUGGGUCCACCCCCCACACUGCCAGGUCCCAUGAGGCCUCAGAUGACAUCACCCAUGCAGCCCCAGUCCAUGUCGCCAAUGCAGCCUACAAUGCAACCUCAACUGCCCCCACCCAUACAAGCCCAGCUCCCUCCACCAAUGCAGCCCACCUUCCCUGCCCCGCUGAUGCCUCAGCCUGCUCCUCAAGCGUCUGCUGGAGCCGCUGCCACCUCUCAGCCCGGACUGGCAUCUCCCAAGCCUCCACCCCGGAGCCGGUCCUCUCACGCACUGCCACCUGAGUCUGCUCCUGCUCCUGCUCCUACAUCUCAGGCCAAGGUCAUGAAUGGAGUCCAAAGAGAAGCACAAUGGAAUCUAGACCCCUUCGACAUGCUUAACACCCAGUCCCUUUUCCAAAAUUCACCGUUCUCCGCUUCCCUUCUUUGCUCCUCUUCCUCAUCCACCCCCUCCCCUUCUUCUUCCUCCACGUUACCCAGCUCCCUCUCCCUGUUCUCAGCUCCGGACACCAGCAGCACUCCAUGUCUCCUGCCUCCCCCUGUUCCCUCCCGCAGCAAAUCCCAGGAGACCCUCCGUUCAUCCCCCAAUCCGUUCCUCACAGAAGCCCAGCCCAGACCCAACAGCACCAACCCUUUAACUGGCAACUCGUUGUCCUCCCCACGCCGAUCGCUCACGCCCGAUUUCUACACCCAGCAGCAGGCCCAAGAGGCCAGGUCGGGCCUCAACAGGGCCAUGUCAGCUGUGGUUCACAGUUCAACUCUUCCACCAUCGUUCUCCAGACAACAAUCCUUAGUUCCUGCUCCAGCAGUAGCCCCAGCCAAACAAACCCAAAAGUGGGUCACAUUCGAUGACGAUUCAGACUUCCUUUCAAUGAAGGCUCCAUCCGCAGGUGGGACCGGCCCGCCCCUUAUACCCACAGUCUCAUCCGUUCCCUUCCCACAACCCCAGAGCAGCCUCCCCAGCUCAGGCUUUGGCAUGGACAGCAACUGGGCGUCGCUUCCCACUUCCACGUUUCCCACAAUCCCUCCUCUGAUCUCAACCAGGACUAAUACCAGCAUCAAAAAUGCCCACAUCCCUUCCAGAAACGAAUUCACAGAGAGAUGAUACAGCGUGUAUGUAAAAUACAGAGAAAAUAUUAUUGUGUAUCUAUAAUACGAGUAUGGUUUGUAUAAUAACGUGGUGUUGGAAGUGUUGACCCGUUUGUCCGAAAUAAAUCCAACCGUUUCUUUUAGCCCAACGUAGAUGGGAAACCAAGAGGAAAUCAACACAGUAUGUUAGUAUAUUUUCAGUUUUUAAAAUAAUGGGCAAAAAACCUGUAAUUUGCGUAUUAACCUGCAUAUACACACAUAUGUGUGUAACAUUUUACACUUCAAUGGCCAGAUUUAGUUUAUUAUACAUUAGGCCGAAGAUUUAAGCUACAUGAUCAGAUGUAAAAAAUUUACAAAUAUUCAAUUAUAUAUCUCAUUGCGAUUUCAAUUUCAUCCUCUGCUUACCCUCAUGUCGGAGCACAGAAGAUAUUUUGAACAUAUUUUUUGUUUUUUUAUUUGGACCCCAUUG